UCCACCUCCCUCUAUUGCUCUCCUCUCCUACAUGUGGAAACCAUGGCCACAUUCAGCUUCAGGGCUACUUCACAAAGUUAGCUGCCUCAAAGUUUAGGGGCUUUUACAUUCCCUUAGAAAGACACUGACUGGUCUGAUUUUGGUCCACACUCUCGUCUUUAACCAGCCAGUGUGGCAAAGGAAUGAAGUAUUAUGACGGUAGGUCUGGGUCACAUGCCUACACUACGGGGUAUCCUCACUGUGGUCCAAUGGAGGGGAGGAGAGCUGUUCCUCAAAGGAAUUGAGACACUGUUUCCAUAAAGAGGGUACAAAAACAAGAGAUGUCUUCUACAUUCAGUCCUCCUAUUUACAAAAUGUAGAAAGUCAUUUCUAGUCCCCAGGGUGACUACAAAGGUUAAACGCUAUGAACGGGUCAAAGCACUCACAAACUGCGAUGUACAACACAUACUAGUCACUGUAUUUCUUCUUUCAUCUGGUCUUCCUCUGGGUUACUUGUGGGCGAUGGGGUUAUCAUGUUCUUUUUUUCUGCUAACCUCAGGUCUACUACUCAACAAGAUAGUCUUCAAGGAAAAUGAACCCCACGCUGGGCCUGGCUAUUUUUCUGGCUAUUCUCCUCACUGUGAAAGGUCUUCUGAAGCCGAGCUUCUCACCAAGGAAUUCUAAAGCUUUGAGCCAGGCCCAAGGGUGGAAGGAAAGGAAGGCAGCCAAGGAGCUUACAAGGCAGAACAUGGAUUUUGGCUUUAAGCUUCUCAAGAAGUUGGCCUCCAACAACCCUGGCAGGAAUAUCAUGCUAUCCCCUUUGAGUAUCUCUACAGCUUUCUCCUUGCUGUGCCUGGGUGCCCAGGACAGCACCCUGGAUGAGAUCAAGCAGGGGUUCAACUUCAGAAAGAUCCCAGAAAAAGAUCUUCAUGAGGGCUUCCAUUACAUCAUCCACGAGCUGAACCAGAAGACCCAGGACCUCAAAGUGAGCAUCGGGAACACGCUGUUCAUUGACCGGGGGCUGCAGCCCCAGCGUAAGUUUUUGGAAGAUGCCGAGAACUUUUACGGUGCAGAAACCAUCCUUACCAACUUUCAGAAUUUGAAAAUUACUCAGAAGCAGAUCAAUGACUUUAUCAGUAAUAAAACCUAUGGGAAAAUUAACAACCUGAUCGAGAAUAUAGACCCUGGCACUGUGAUGCUUCUUACAAAUUAUAUUUUCUUCCGAGCCAGGUGGCAACAUGAGUUUGAUCCAAAUGUAACUAAAGAGGAAGAUUUCUUCCUGGAGAAAAACAGUUCAGUCAAGGUGCCCAUGAUGUUCCGUAGUGGCAUGUACCAAGUUGGCUAUGAUGAUAAGCUCUCUUGCACCAUCCUGGAAAUACCCUACCAUAAAAAUAUCACAGCCAUCUUCCUCCUUCCUGAUGAGGGCAAGCUGAAGCACUUGGAGAAAGGCUUGCAGGUGGACACUUUCUCCAGAUGGAAAACGUUACUGUCACGCAGGGUUGUAGAUGUGUCUGUGCCCAGACUCCACAUGACGGGCUCCUUUGACCUGAAGAAGACCCUCUCCUACAUGGGUAUCUCCAAAAUCUUCGAGGAGCAUGGUGAUCUCACCAAGAUCGCCCCUUGUCGCAACCUGAAAGUCAGCGAGGCUGUGCACAAGGCUGUGCUGAAGAUGGAUGAGAGGGGUACGGAGGGGGCCGCUGGCACCGGAGCACAGACUCUGCCCAUGGAGACACCACUCGUCGUCAAGAUAAACAGACCCUAUCUGCUGCUGAUUUACAGCCAGAAAAUAACUUCCGUGCUCUUCCUGGGAAAGAUUGUUAACCCUAUUGGAAAAUAA